AUGCUUCCAGCCCCAAUUGCCAGAGCCGAGCUCCCCAAAUCCCCCUUGUCCCCCGCUGACCCCAGGUCCCCAUCCAGAGGCGCCACCCAUGGAGGCCGCCCCGUGUCCUGCCCUGGCUGCAGCUGCCCCAGGGGGGCUCGGGGGGCAUUUCCUGAGGGCCCCCGGUGUCCCCUGGGUCUGUCCCCGUCCCCGGGCGCAUCCCGCUGUCCCCGAGACCAUCCCGGUGUCCCCGAGCCCGUCCCCGUGUCCCUGAGCCCGUCCCGCUGUCCCCGAGCCCGUCCCGGUGUCCCCGGGCUCCCAAACUCCCGUCCCCGGCAGAGCCCGCUCGGGGACCCUGCGGGGCCAACGGGGACCCCCGGGAGCCCCGGGCUGGCGCUGGGCUCGGGGUGCCCCUGUCGGGAGCAGGAGCGGUUUGGGGGUGCCCGGGCCGGGCCGGGGGCGCUGCGGGCGCUGCAGCCGCUCCGUGCGGGGCGAGGCGGGCUCGGCCGGGGCCGGCCCCGGGCUUUGAGGCUUCGGGAGCUGCAGCGAGCAGCAGAUUUGGGCGCAGAUUGGCGGCGGGGAGGAGGAAAGAAGCCGCAGCGCGGGGCCGGCCCCUCCCAAGCGCUGGGCAGCCCCUCCCUGGGCUUGGCCGCGCUCCCGCCGGCCCUCGGCGGGGAUAAAAGGCCCCCGGGAGCAGCCAGGGCACGGCACAGCCGCUCCAGCCCCGAGACAGCAGCAGCUGCCCCUCAGCUCCGGCUCCUUCGUCCGCCGCCAGCGCCGCGACCCCCAGAGCUGCAGCCAUGGGUAAGGGACCCCCGCGGCUGCCGCCGAGCCCCGGGCCCGCAGCGCCGGCCCGAGACCGACAGAUGCAGAGCUCCGUGCUACGAGUACCCCUCGUGCCCCGACGCGCUGAAAGCCCCGCGGGAGGAGGUCGCCUACGUGACCUGCACCUACAGGAGCACCGGCAUCGAGCAGCCCGAUUUCCUGGCCACCGUGGACCUCAACCCGCGCUCCUGCCACUACGGCCAGGUGAUCCACCGGCUGCCCAUGCCCAACCUCAAGGACGAGCUGCACUGCGCGGGCUGGGGCCCCGCCUGCGGCUGCUUCGACGGCGGUGCCGCGGCCAAAAGGACCAAGCUGGUGCUGCCGUGCCUCAUCUCCUCCCGCAUCUACGUCGUGGAUGUGGGCUCCCAGUGCCGGGCGCCGCGCAUCUGCAAGAUGAUCGAGCCCGUGGAUGUGUUCUGGAAGUGCAACAAGGGCUACCUGUCCGUCACCCACCCCCUGCCCAACGGCGACGUCCUGGUGGCCAACAUGGGCGACGCCGCUGGCCACGGCAAAGGUGGCUUCGUGGUGCUGGACGGAGAGACCUUCGAGCUGAAGGGCAACUGGGAGAACGAGUGUGAGGCUCCCCCGACCGGGCACGACUUCUGGUACCAGGCCCGGCACAACGUCCUGGUCAGCUCGGCCGGGAUGGUGCCCAGAGUGGCCGGGCGCGGCUUCAACCCCGAUGACCUCAAGAAAGGGGUCUUCGGCCGCCGCCUGAACGUGUGGAACCUGUCGUGCCGCAGCCUGACGCAGUGCUUCGACCUGGGCGAGGAUUCUCUGCCCAUGACCGUGCGCUUCCUGCACAACCCCGAGGCCGCCGAGGGCUACGUGGGCUGUGCCCUGAGCGGGGCCAUUUUCCGCUUCUACAAAUCCUGCGAGAGAGACAACUGGGCCGUGGAGGAGGUGAUCCGGAUCCCGGCCAAGGACGUGUCGGGCUGGAUCAUGCCCAAGAUGCCGGCCUUCAUCGUGGACCUCGUCAUCAGCCAGGACGACCGGUUCCUGUACGUGUGCAAUUGGCUGCACGGGGACAUCCGGCAGUACGAGCUGUCGCGGAGCUGCAAGCCGCGGCUGGUGGGGCAGGUGUUCGUGGGGGGCAGCAUCCUGCGAGGGGGCCCCGUGACCGUGUGCAGGGACGAGGAGCUCAAGUGCCAGCCCGAGCCGCUGGUGGUCAAGUGCAAGCGCGUGUACGGCGGCCCCGCCGCGCUGCAGCUGAGCCUGGACGGGAAGCGGCUCUACGUGACCAACUCCUUCUACAGCACCUGGGACCGGCAGUUCUACCCCAGCCUGAUCAAGGAGGGCUCGGUGAUGCUGCAGCUCGACGUGGACACGGAGAAGGGCGGCCUGAGCGUCAACAAGAACUUCCUGGUGGAUUUCGGCAAGGAGCCCAACGGGCCGUGCCUGGCGCACCAGAUCCGCCUCCCCGGCGGCGAUGCCAAAUCCGUGACCCUGCCCUGA